AUGCAGAACUUCUUUGUCCACCCCAUGUACCACGACCACAGCGAAGGUAUCGCCACCAUUGACCCUAUGCUGAAGGUCAUCGACAAGUGCAAGGAUCUCGGAAUCCAGCGCUGCUGGCUGAACUGGGGCAUCUCAGACUACGACCUCAAGGUCAUGCCUGCGGCUGUCACAAGAGGUUUCAACAGAAACUUGGCUCAGGACAAAGGCCACGGCUGGCACGUGGGCUUGGGUGCCAACGUCAAGGAUGACAAGGGCAACACUGAGCGCUGCCUCUUCAGCGGCACCUGGAACGCCGACAUUUACGAGCCUCUCAAGAAGGUCAUGACUCCAGAGGAUGUUCGUUUCGAUAAGGCUCGUAUGAGUGGCAUGUGGAACCCGGACUUGCCUAUGAACAAGUGGCUUCGCGAGAGCGGCAAGAAGACAUUGCUGUUCGCUGGUGUCAACACCGACCAGUGCUUGCUGGGCACUGUCACUGACGCAUACAACUGGGGAUGGUAUGUUAGCAUUCAAGCCUCAACAGUAUGCGCAAACCAGCUAACACGAAUCGCAACAGGGNACUGCAUCCUCAUUGGCGACUGCGCAGCCACCAUGACCGGACUCAACGCCCAGGCAGUCUGCGACUACAACAUUGCAACCGUACGUAAACCGAAGAUACAAACACCGUUUGACAUCUUGCUAAUUGUACCUUCGCUUUAUAGANACAUGGGCUUCGUCACCGACAGCAAGGCUUUCCUCGACUCUGAGCUCGUUUUCGGUCCUUUGAAGUGA